AUGGACCUUUCCAGAUGCAGGUGCAGACUCUGGAGGGAGCUGGUUCUCCUGGCCAGUCUCCUGGCCCGUGGGAUCCUCCAAGCCUCUGGCCAAAUCUACAUCAGCCCAGACUCGCUCACAGGGCUCAAGGGAUUUCGGACCAUCCUGAUCCUUGAAAAUGCCACCGAAGAUGCUCGGGAAUAUAGCUGGCACCGCGGUACCAAUGGCACUGCGGAUAAUUUUAUUGUCAGCUACAAACCCCCCUCCCAUUCCUGGCAGACUGGGCCCAUGUACAGCGGCCGGGAGAACGUGACCAAGAUGGGUGACCUGACCAUCAGGAGAUCUGAACUAAAUGACACAGGGAACUACACCAUGAGAGUGGACACUGGCAAUGGGACCCAGACUGCAACUGGCUGGCUGGAAGUUCAAGAUGUGGAAGGCAAGCCAGACAUCUGGGCCAACGCCAGCUCUCUGGUAGAGGACAUGGAUUCUGUGGCCGCCAUUUGUUAUACUAAUGCCACCAACGUCAAGUGGUAUGUGGAUUACGUACAGGUAUCCAGCAACGACCGGAUGACAAUCUCCCCAGACCUCAAGACCCUCGUCAUCCACCGGGUCAGCCGCUAUGACAGAACACUUCACUGUGCGAUAGAAAGCAUCCCAGAGAUUCUUCAGAGAAGUGAAAUUAUCUCUCUGACUGUGAACUACGGACCAGACAGCGUGUGGCUGAGUACCAGUCCUGACAUCUUCAAAGGCGUCCUGUCCGCUAAGAUCGGCUCCCAGGUGAUGAUGGAGUGUAGCGCCACUUCCAAACCCAGUCCCAGGUACCAGUGGAUCCACAAUGGCUCCCUUCUGAGCUUCUCAGAGGCAAGCGUCACCCUCCCAAGUCUGACCCUGGAGCAGACGGGCAGAUACAGAUGCGUCGUGGGGAACCCCGUGACCCAGCUGACCAUGUACAGAGAAUUCCAGAUCCAGCAGCAGCCCCAGCACAUUCCUGUUGUGAACAAAGGUUUCUACAUCUCAGGAGCCAAAGUGGUGUGGCUGAUCGUGUUCACCGUCCUGGGCGGUGUCUAUGUCUGCGGAAUCCUGAUCUACGCCCUGGUCAGCCAUUUCUCCACCAGGUGCCUGUUGCCCCGGGUCGAGGGUGGGGUGCUGGCUGGGGACUGGGUCUCAAGAGCACUCCCUCAAGAGGGGAAGGCAAAGCCAGGAGGGGAGGGGACGAGCUAGGAACAGGUUGUCAGGAAUCAUCUGGGGCAGACAGGUAGCUCACGGACCAGCAGCCGGUGGCAGAGAGGGACCGUGUAGAGACAGUCUUGCCUCUAAAUAGAAAUGGGGUUUCAGGGCGCCUGUGUGGCGCAGUCAUUAAAGGUCUGCCUUCGGCUCAGGGCGUGAUCCCAGCGUUCUGGGAUCGAGCCCCGCAUCAGGCUCCUCCGCUAUGAGCCUGC